GCUGCGUUGAAUCAUAUUUUCAAACAUAAACAAACAGAAAUUUUGUGUGGGGAUGGGUGGGACAUGCGCAGCGCCUCUUUCAACAUAUUUGCACUAAGUAUCUUCGGACUCUCUGUUUUCCUCUUGCAAUAUUUGCACUGCCCUUUAGACACUAUUACGUACGUACGCUUUGCGGAAAAAAGCAAAAAGUUUGAAAUAUAAAAUUCAAAAGGUCCUCGCUACAACGUUUGCGUUACGAAAAUAUUUGUUCAGCGUCUAAUCAACUGCCUGGCUGUGCCAGUACUAGAGCACUGAGUUUUCGCUGCCCAACCAACACAUUUCGAUUGUCACACGAUGCUGAUACGUUGGAAGAGCAAAGAUAAAAGUUCAUCGAACCAGAGCAGCAGCAACAGCAGCAGCAGCUCAUCAAAGAAAAAACGAAAAGGACGUGAAGGAGAAGAAGACUGGCAGAAUGACGCCAAAACUGGGCGUAUGCCGACCAACGAGCAAGUUAAUGAUCAUAGACGGGGUAUGCGGCGAGACGAUCCACGCCGGCACACACUUGGCGGCGAUAUGAUAUUGUAUGCUGGUAAUCAAGGACAGCAGCAGCAGCGCGCCAUGGAUCUAGAGAUGAGUACGCGUGCACAGAAAAACAAAAAGAAUAAUGUGCCACGCGGAUACACUCCUUUGAAUCAAGGGCCUUUGUUUGACGAUGAUCCAGGCAUUAUGUCCGAGGUUGAAACGGCAAGCACUGGCUUUCGCCGUGGCAAUAAACAACGGUCUUCGCUUCCGGUAGUUAGAACACCUUCGAAGACGUUGGAGCGUCCUUUAGGAUUAGUAUUUUUACAGUAUCGGUCGGAAACUAAACGCGCUUUAUUGCCUAACGAAAUAACCUCAAUUGAUACGGUUCGAGCGCUUUUCGUGCGCUCCUUUCCACGACAACUAACAAUGGCCUAUCUGGAGGGUCCAAACGUUAAAAUUUAUAUACAUGAUGCCAGCAAGGACAUGUUUUAUGAAUUAGAGGAUGUACGUUCGCAUUUACGUGAAAUUCGUGACCGCUCAGUAUUGAGGCUUUUCGAGUCAACUGAAGUUGCUGCACCGCCACAAAUUUUACCAGGUGGCCCAGGCGUACCUCAGCCACUCCCACAAGUUACACCUAAUCAUUGGGACCAAGAUCAGAGCUAUUUCAGCGAACCGGAAUUUGAUUCGGACUAUAAACAUCAACAUAUUCAUAAAUCAAAGAUUGGAAAACAGGCAGCACCGUAUUAUGUGGGCACCUCGCAGACAUUACCGCGCGGCAUGUACUCUUCAGAUCGCACAAAAGUACCCAUAGGAGCGCCAGUGAAACCCUUGCGGGCGCACAACUCAAGAGGUAGCAUGGAGCCAUUAUUUCCUUAUACCCCGGAUCAGUUAUAUAGCAUCCCAGAUGGUUACUCAAGUUCACCCGAACGCAGCACACGUGGCAACUACGAGGAACCUUAUUACAGUCAAUAUGGUACUAGAGGACCUGUGGUCGCGCCAAUCAUCGAUGAAGAGCAGGGUGAUGUGGGUCUUACUGAAGAUCAGUAUGCCGUAUAUGGAAUGAAAGUGGGACCAGGCCGACUACCGAGACCAAAUCAAAUGUACGAUUCGGCUAGGCCUGAGGACUUGCAUCGUAUUCGUGUAGAGCACAUGGAGCGCCAAUUGGCCAAUUUAACAGGUCUAGUACAGAAAGCGCUCGUAAAUCAACAGCCUCAGAUUACACCGAUUCCCGUGCCAACCUUGGAUCAAAACUAUUUGGUUGUACCAACGCAGUGUCAAGCUAACGGGUCGGGAAAUGAUUUGUAUAUAAGAGAAAAAGCACCGAAGUUAGGGAAGAGCUCAUGCCAGAAAUCAGUGUCGUUUGAAAAGUCAGUUUCCUUUAGUGACGACAUACAAGGAAUACCCAAAUCUCAUAGUCCUCAACACGCUGCCGAUAACAAACCAACAAAGCCAGCAAUCAAAUCGUCGACUUUACCACGCACAUCUUCCCAGGCAGAGAGAGACCGCCUUAAACCGCCGCCACCGCCGAAGCCAUUGGUUUUGGCUCAGACGCACCAAACCUAUCGCGCUGAUAUCGCGCUUGCCCCAGAGGUCUACAAUCACUUGCGAGGACUACAGAAGAAAGCCAAGGACCUUCGCAUGGAGGUGCGCACACUGCGUCGCCUCUCUCAAGCACAAGCAGUCGCAGUGCGCGAAGACAUCAAAGGCACUUUUAUGCGCAUACGUGCCACACUACUGGCCAGUAGUGGUUCAUUUUGGGGCAGCCAUCAGGGUGAUCAAGAUGCCACACGAAUCUCGCGCGAAGAAGAACUCUACAAACAGGAAGUGGUCAGACUGGAAAAAGACCUUAGCGAUUUGGAGGCGUCUGUGGAGACACUCCGUGGCGAAGUAAUCAAUCGGCGUACACGAGUCAACAUGACCGCUGUGGAGGAUAUGGCAUUGGUACUCAGCAGAGCCAGCAAAACCGUUGCGGAAUUAAAGAUGAAAUUUCCUGCACUCUCCAACGGACUACGUUGCAUGCUAUCGAGCGAAAUGGAACGUGUGGUACGGGAAGAAAAAUUUCUAAAGGAAGAACCUGACCGGCUUGAGUCGGCCUUAAGGCGUUGUAAAAAACUGACUGGUACAUUGGUGACAUUGAAAAGACUGGCCAGCGUACAAGAGCAACGAUUGCCCCCUAACGAACCGCAAAUCAACGAAGAGCCGCCACGUUCGGCCGAGAUCUCCAAUGCAGACAAACCAAUCCCAACACCCAGGAUGGGGUCGUUCGCUAUCAGCGGGGGACCCGAAAACGCACUCGAUGCUCUGCUAGACGAAUUGCAGACCUUUUCGAAACCACUCUCACAGAAUAAUGAGGUACGCCCCGAUGAUUCAACGUCUGAUGAAAGUUCACAAGCUCUACAAAGCACAGUCACUACACAAAUAUCCCAAGCACGUCUAUAUAUCCAAACUACCGAUACAAGCAUCAUUCCAAUUCAAUCGCAACCCAUUUCCACCGCAGUCACCAACAUUGUCAAUACUUUGCCACAUAAGCAAAGUAAUCAUAUCGCCAAUGAAAGCAUUGGAAAUGCAACUAAUGUAACCUCUCUAAUGGUACAUACCAACGUUGGCAGUCUUCGGCGUCUCCAUUCAUAUCCCAGUGGGUCAGAUACAGACAUAUCGCCACCACAGAAUGUGCGUGCGGUGACUACUAAGCCACCAGUCCCUGAACGCACCGCCGAUUUGAUAACGAAAGUGACCAACAAACGUAUACCGCCACCACCCCCACCACGAACUAGCUCCCGCAGUCCCUUGGCCAGCCCCACAAACCCGAAUGUACCACACCAGUUACCAACAGUUAGCGAAACCGACGUCUUGGGCAACAAAUCAGAUAGCGGCGGGGGUAGUGGCAAUUCCAGCGGUAACGAGUCGGCAAACGACCACGUCCAAAGGCAAGUGGCUUUGGAAAUGCGUCAUCAGGAAUUGCUCAAAAAGCAGAAACUCUUACAGGAACAAUAUCAACGCUUGCAGCAAAUGACUAAGAUUCCCGGUGUGGAAAUGAGCACCACAGAUAGCUCAAUUCAACUACAGAAAACCAGCAGCGACUCUAAUAUACAGCAAAAGAUCAACGUACACCAGACACCAAUAACCAAUGUGGGAGAAAAGGCACAAGAUAAUGGCAUGUCAGGAAUGGAGAAGAGUGAUAAUGCAAAACAAGUCACCAAUGUAAUUGGAUUAAAUCCAGAAAUGCUGGGAAAUUUGGGUGGUGCUGGCAACGAUAAGAGCAGCAAAAGUGUUGGCAGCGCCAGCGUCUCUACUACGAAGCAGCUCUAUGAGACAGAAAUACUCUAACAUAAACCAGUAAUCAUGGUGGAAUGGCAAGAAACUGAAAUCGAUAUUUGAGUAAAGGAUAAAAAGCACAAACACACAUGACGCACCGGAGCACAGGUUUUACUUGGAACACGCUUACCGCUGACAACAGGCAACUGGCAAACGUUGUUGUAAUUAACGCACAGAAAACAUUCACCGCACUAUAUUGCAAUAAGACAACGAUUAACAUUAACGGAUAAAAAGAGAGCGUAAAAUUAAAUUAUAUGUAAAAGCGUUCUUUCAAAAGGCACUAGUAUCUGUAUAAAUAUGUGGUAAUUGUACUGGUUGGUAAAUAACUUGCUGAUAAUGUUAAUUUAUAAUAUGAAAUUUCGUAAACUACUAACGAAAUUUGACGAUGAGCGUAUUCGCGGUUAUAGCGGCCUCUUGCGAGCAAAAAUUUCUCAGA